AGCCUCAGCGCGUGCAGCUCUGUAUCUUGAGCUCGCGACCCGGCCGGCGGGGGGGGGGGACAGGGAAGCUUGGAGAAACUCUUCAGCCGAAACCAAACACAACGACACUUAUUGUGUCCAACUAACAGCGCGGUUUGGACGGGUUAACGUCUCCGGAGCUUUCCGACACGGAGCCGGAGAGUUUGACCGAGGCUGGAAGUCCUCCCGGGCCCGGAAAGUUGACCGUGUUUGGGUGAACUUGUCCCGGGUUGUUGUGGUGGAUGUUAGCGACGACAAAACAGGAGGCGGAAUAAUGUCGGUGCCGCUGUCUCUGUUGUGACCCAGCUCCAUUUUCUCCAGACAGACAGAAAAGUGAGGAUAAAGACGCAAAGACAGGAGAAAUGGCCGAAGCCCGGUCAGAGGAAGAGGAGGAAAACAUGAUGAGGGACACACGGGAACAAGUGGUACGACGGCAGCCGAACAGCUCCGGAGGUCGUCCUGAGAGACGUAAGCCAGAGCAUCGUCACAGCCAGGGUCCUCUCUCAUCCAUCAGAGCAGCCAUUAAGAGAACCUCCACCAGGUCAACGUCUCUGUCUGAGUCAUCCAGAGACAGAGACAGAGAGCGGGACAGGGACAGGGACAGAGACAGAGACAGAGACAGGAGGCGACCGGAGAUCACCAUCCUGUCAGCGGAGCCGCUGGCCUCCACCUCCUGGUUCCCUGGAGCUUCUGGAGGAUUCCCACCUCCCCCUCCUCCUGCAGCUCAGAUCUGGGGACCCUCAAUCCCUCCGUCCUUACAGCCACCUCCUUCCUACGAGGAGGUGAUCAGGGAGAAGACACAGGAGCAGGUCCUCCUUCCUCCUCCUUCCUCCUCAUCCCCAUCACGUCCAGCUUCUGUAACCAUCGCCACUCAGACUGAACCAGGAUCAGUCCCCGACCCCCAAGACUCGCAGGUGAGAAGACCAGUGAGACCGCCGCGGCCGCCUCUCCCUUUCCCUCCCAGACCAUCUCACGUUAAUGACAUCACCAUCACAGCCAGCCAGUCACUCACCUCCCUUCACAGUGUGGUACCAGACACACACGGCGGCGCUCCCACACAGUGCUGUGACCUCCUCACUGAGCUUUGCUCGCCGUUGACCUCAACCUCCAGUGCUCAAACGGACACAUGGGAUCGGUCAUUUGUUGCUGCUGACGUGGCAACUCCUCCCACCACUUCCUCUCACGUCCCGCUGGAGCGCCCCAGGCCACGCCCCCGCUCCAGGCUCAGCGCGCCGCCUGUCAGCAGCGACGUCAAAGUUCAGACUUUGGUGAAACUGCGCGACGACGGUUUGGCCACGCUAGCUGCCCAAGCAGGAACUACCACCUCGAACCAGGAAGUGAGUCAGGGGAAGUACCUUCAGGAGCUGCUCGAGGCCUUCAGCGCAGACGACUGGGGCUUCCCUGACCGCCGCAGCGACAGCAGUGGGCACAGCCAAUCGGAGAGCGAGGAGGAAGAAGAGGAGGACAUGGCGACCCUGAAAGCGAGGAUACAAGCCUUUGAGCAGCAGCAGGUGGCUGAUACGAGCUGUGGAGACGACAGAGACUUUGUGGCCACAAAGAGACCUGAACCCCGGCCACGCCCUCGUCUCCAGGGGCAACCAGCCAAAUCCAUUCCCCCUACUGUCGCCCCGAAACCCAAAAACUUUUCACAUGCACCCAAACCCUCCAGUAAGGUGUUCUGGGAGGAUGGUGAGUUGGCAGCAGACUCAGGCAGCGCUGAAACACCUGCAGAUUCAAACCCUCAAACUGCGACGCAAACCCCGAAACCUGCUCCAGCUGUGGUACCCGACCCCUCCAAAACCCCUGACAAACCCUCAAUAUUACCAAAACCACAGUCUGCUACAGACCCCCUCCUGUCUGCCCCUGUCCCUGCCCCCAGGCCCCCUCCACCCAAACUCACCCCUGCUGUCAGUGAGUCUCCGUCCUUAGCCAACCCCAAACCUCCGCCCAGACCUCCAGUCGCCCCGAGGGCCAGCGUAGGAGCUCCACACCAGGAUAAGAGCACCCCAACUCUGCCCCCGAGGCCGCAUGUGGAGGUCAGCAGUGGAGCACAGACUCAGACAUCAGGAAGUGAGGAGACGCAGGAGGCUGCAAAACAAACUGUGAAAGUAGGAAGUGCUCGUCCAGACAUCCCGGCCAAACCAGCAUCACUGACCUCACCACGCAGAGCCAGUGCUCCAAAUCUGGCCCCUAAACCCACAUCUCCAGAUCCAAACCCAUUCCCGCCCAAACCUACAGCUGCUGCCCCAGCCACGGCCCCCAAACCUUCAGGACUGGCUGUGGUUCCGAUUCCAGGCCUCAAACCACCAGCUCCAACCCCAAACCCAGCUCCAGCUCCGGCUCCAGCUCCAGCUCCAGCUCCAGCUCCGGCUCCGGCCCUGAGGAAAGGCCCCGUGACCCAGACCAAACCAGAAACCUCCACCACUGCAAACCCCACCCCCUCAGACCCUCCUCUCCCUCCACGGCCUUCAAGUGUCAGGCUCCUCCCCCUGCGUCCUCCACCAAUCAAAUCCAUCCCCGGGCGACCUCCGCCACCUUCCGUCGGCUCCACUUUACCAUCCAACCCGACAGCUCCUCCUCCCUCCAGAACUAGUCCCACCCCCUCUGUUCCCCCUGCCAACCUGACCCCACCUUCACAAACCACUCCAUCCCCUCCUCCUGUGUCAGUCAAUCAGGUGCAGCCUCAAAAGGCACCAAAGAAAGGGCCACCUCUGCCCCCCCGUCCCAAACCUGGACACCCUCUCUACAGCAGCUACAUGAAACAGGAAGUCCUGAUCGUCCUGGAUGACCCAAGCCCCUCAGAGCACCUGUCAGGUGAGGGGAGGAGUCAAACUGCUGUCAUCAGCCCAUUGCAGUGUCUCCUGGACCUGGACACCCAACCAGAGCCUGCUCCUGAUCAGGACAGCCAAUCAAAACUGUCCUUAGAGGGCCUCAGCCUAUCAGACUCCCAGUCCAUCCUGCCUGUGCAGCCCACUGAGCAGAAAGAGCAGCCCGACCCUCCUCCUGUCAGCGGCCCUCGGUGCGUCGCCUUGUUUGACUAUGAGGGGGAGGAGGAGGACGAGCUCACCUUCUCCCAGGGGGACGUCAUCGCCCUGCUGGAGCUCAUCGGGCAAGAGUGGGGGCGGGGCCAGAUCCACGGGCGAAUCGGAAUAUUCCCCCUGAACUUUGCUGAGGUGGUGGAGCCGCCCCCGCAGCUGGCGUCGUCACCGGGGGAAAAAACAGUGCCAACAGAUACCAUAGUGACAGAGAGUACUGGUGAGCCACCAGCACCAAAGACAUCACAGGACCUCGACUCCAAGGUGAAGGAGUGGGCCGAGGCUCUGUUUGACUUCCCCGGGCAGACUGCAGAGGAUCUUUCCUUCCACAAGGGGGCACUCAUCGAGGUGAUGGAGCACAUCGACGCUGAGUGGAGGAGAGGAAGACUGGAAGGGAGGGAGGGGAUCUACCCUGCUGCCUUCACACAGCCCUGCCAGGCUAAGCCAAUCCAACUCCAGCAGUCGGAGGUUAAAGCAGUGGCCAAGUUUGACUUUGCAGCAGAGAGCGAGGAUGAGCUCACGUUAAAGGUUGGUGACAUAAUAACACAGGUGGAGUUUGUGGAUGAGCAGUGGAUUUUGGGAGUUGUGGGCGGGAAGCGUGGGAUUGUGCCUAAAAACUACAUUUCACUUCUCUGAUGAGGAAAACAUGGAAACAGCCAAUGGGGGAAAACUAGGAAAUAACUUUUUUUCUUCUCAGUUUUCACAGCCGCUCUGUGUGAACAGGUUGGUCGGAGGGUUUUUGAACUGGUGACCUCCCCUCACCUGUGAACACUACAGAGCGUGCUGUGUACACUUAAUUCCAAGGUUUUCCAAAAACUUUCCAGGCAAUGAAACAAAAGCCGCCUGCUCAGUUUUUAUUUGGAGUUUGGAAAUCGGAACUCUGAGAUGCAAUUGGAUCGUCUCUUUGAUUGACAACCAUUGACCUGACGUCACCUGGGCAACUGGCACCUGCUCACGAUUGGCAUGACAACUGAGAACGGGACGUACCUAGGCCACAUAAUGACGGAGUAAAACUGAUAUUACACCGUUGAUUCUCAUGUUGGACGAUUUCCCAUCUGGACUGGAUUUGACUUUUUGUCUUUCACUGACUCUUUUUGGUUCAUCAGUCGUGACCGGCCUGCACAUGGACCUGCUUCGAAGAGCAGCUGUUGGAUGACUUUCCUCUUUGUGUCUGAUUGCAGAUGUUUAACGCACUGUUGAAAAAUGUUACAUGUCAGAUUUUCAAAUUCAGGCCAACUUGCAGUAUUGAAAGUAGAAAGGUUCGAAGGUUCGAAGUGGGGUUGUAUACGGUACUUAUUUACAGUCAGUUUAUUACCUACAGUGAGUCGGCACGGCCGUAGUUUAUAGAAGCAGACAGGAGUACCACCAUGGAAACUAAACAAUGUCCUACUGUUUCAGCCACCUAGAAAAAAUCAAUAUCAGUAUCAAGUGUAUGCUAUAUUUAGAACAUUUUCACUGGGUUGACGUUGUGGCCAGACAAACCUUUCCGACAGGGAGCUGAUUGAAUGUGAAACAUAGCCAUGCUUUAAACAAAGCCAGACUCCAUUGACAAAAACAUUAAUUUUACCACACAGAACAAUAGACUGCUACCUUGAUCAGUUUGUUGGUUUGUGUAAUUGUGUGACUUUGGUGUUUUAAAAGUUUAGUUCAGAUUCACCACAGUCACACAGUAACACAGACAAACUAACCAAUCGAAGCAGCGGUAGACCAGCAGCUCUCCUGUACUGUGAGAUAAAAGUACUGUUCUGUCAAUGGAGUCUGGUGGCGUCAAAGAGAGGUGUUGCCCGCCCCAGUUGCCCCCCAGCUUUUGAAAUAGACACUGACAUGGAUUGGGGUAAUGUGCCCUGGCACGGUACGUAGUGUUUAGAGUAAUCAAACAGACUGAACUUUGGGGUCAGGUGCACUCAGAUCCUGGCCUGGUCCCUGAUUUAAAGGCUCCUUCAACUGAUAUUGAUUUAUUUAGGUGGCUAAAUGUUGCUGCAGCUGACCGCCAUCUACUUUAUGUAAUACACUGACUGUAGUUAAGUACCUCAUACAACCCCACUGCAAAUAAUCCGAACUAUCUUUUUAACACAGACUUUUAAAAACAUGCGUCAGAUACAUUUUCAAAAUCAGGCCAACUUGCAGUAUUCAAACUGGAAAGCUUGCAAGGUUCAGAGAGGAGGACUAAUUCACUCUAAUCAGUUAAAACUCACAUUAUCAUUAACAUAGUGAAGAACACUAUUCUCAUCCUGAGCCAGAGGAGAUCAGAAAACUGAAUAAAAACUGAGUAAUGUGUAGCUUUAAGCCGAUCGACGAGGCGAGUGUGAGCCGCAGGCAGGAUGUUUUUCCGCUAAAGCCUCCUGAGAGGAAACACCAGCUCUGCUUGCUCAAUGAUUUUAACAUGCAGCGCUCAGCCAUCUGAGGGCCCCAAAAUAGCCACUUUUAAGACAGGAAGUCGUAGGACGUUGUCAGUGUAGGUAAAAGUAACUGUCAGAAUGUUUAAUUUUGUGACACUGUAGGAGCCUGUAGAUAUUUAUAAAGGUUUAGUUUUUUUUGUUGCACGUUUUUGCUCAUCCACUCUUACAACAAAGCUUUUUUUUUCCAAUGUCUUACAUCCCCAACACUUUGACGUAUGAACCAGAUCACUUUACAUAAAGAACACUAAAGCUGGUUUUCAUCUGUCAUCUAGAAACUGAUGAUACAUCACCGCUCAACAUUUUCCAAAAGCUGGUUUCUAACUUGAGAGCUGAAUGUUUGCGGCUGUUUCGCCAUCCUGAUGAAGUCAAAAUAUCCCAGUGAACGAAACACGAUGAACUGGAGAAGAGUUGUGCCAUGAUUUGGAAAACAGUUGGCAGUAAUGUAACGUAUACACCGAUCAGGCACAUUAAAACCACUGACGGGACAGGUGAAGUGAAUAACAUCGAUCAUUUCAUUACAAUGCAAUGUUCUGCUUGGAAACCUUUGGUCCUGACAUUCAUGUGGAUGCGCCUUUAUAGACCAAGUACCCCCUCUCAUGGCAGCAGUACCCCCGAUAGCAGUAGCCCCUCAGCAAGCCACAGUAGCCACACGGCAAAAACUGCUCAGGAAUGGUCCAAGGAAUGUGACAAGGACCUUAAGACGUCGAUCUAGCAUUCAGAUUCCCCAGAUCCUGAUCUGAUCAAGCACUUGUGGGGCAAACCAGUACUCCAAAGGUCCUUUGUCCAGGCCUUGACAAGUCAGAGCCAAGUAUGAUCUCUGAUGGAGCCUCUGACCUGUCGAGGCAUGGAGGCAGGACCUCUGGGGGUGUCCUGUGUUGUCUGGUACCAAGGCAUUGUCAACAGAUCCUUUGAGUCCUGUGGGUUGUGAGGUAAGGUACCAGCAUGCCCAGUGGAUGUUCGAUCGGAUUGGGAUCUGGGGAAUUUGGAGGCCAGGUUGACGCCUAGAGCUCUUGCCACGUCCCCGUGCCAUUCCUGAGCAGUUUUUGUGGUGUGGCAUGGUGCAUUGUCCUGCUGUGGGGUGCACUUCCAUCAGGGAGUGCAGUUGCCAUGAGGGGGUGUAUUGGUCUUUAAUGGUAUUUGGGUGGGUGGUGCAUGUCAAGUGGCAUCCACAUAAAGGCCAGGACCCAAGGUUCCUCAGAAGAGCAUUGAAUUGUAACAAAAUGAUAAGUGUUAUUCACUUCACCUGUCAGUGGUUUCAAUGUUUUGGCCGAUAGGUGUACGUGGGUUUCAUUCAACAGAUUUAAACAAGCUAAACUAAAACUUGACACUAGAAGAGCAAGUGGCUCAAUAAAAGCAAACAAACCUGGAUUAAGAAGAUAUUUUGAAAUUUUUAUACAAAGAUGUUGUUAAGAUAUUAAAAAUAAGCUUUACAGAAUUUGAAAAAUCACAUUCGGUAUUUUAAGAUGUCAUCAUAAAACAUGUUUAAAGGUCAUAUAAAUACAUAACUUGCACAGAGUGAACCAGGAAGUGAAAGUUGGAACAGCGAGGAACUAAAAAACGAUUUCACACCCACUUUGGUUCAGGUUUGAUUUCCUUCAGUUAAACAGUAUCUUUAGGCGAUCUUGCACCAUCCUGCACCAACAAUAGGAAGUGUCUUUUCAUCACAGCAUUAUCGUACCGAACUCUUUCACAGAUACAAAGCUCUGGCUGUAUUUUUUUUUUUAGAUGUACUGUACUAUGGUCUUUUCUCUUUCACUGUUUCCUCAACAUGUUUCCUGAGUUAAAACACUACAUCUCAAAAAAAAAAAAAAAAACAGCAUCUCACGUUUCCAGACUGAAUAUUUACUCAACUGAAACUCUUUGGUGUUUUAUUAAAGAUAAAAACAUGGAGGAUUUUCUCUCUCUAAACGUGCUGUCAGCAAAUCAGCAGUGAUGACGAUGAAUUUUUCUUUGUUAGACUAAAGUUUGUAGUUACAGGACCUGUGUAACCAGGGGACUUCAUGUGAUUCAGAAAUAACUCCCCAGGUCUGUGUUUGUGCAGCACAUUCGCACAGGAUCAGUUAAAUCUGUAUUUUACUCAGAUUCACUGACAUUUUCUCGAGGAUAUGAUGCCCACACUCAAUUUAACUCCACUACACAACACAGAAAUAUGACGAAGCACAACCAGUGGUCAUGUACGGUGUUAACCUCCGUUUUAGGCCUCUGUGCCGGCGACAGCUGAGGCAUAUUUGUCCAUCCAUCCUGUUCUUGUAAACACGAACACCUUGAGGGAAUUUCUUAAAAUUUGGCACAAACUUCCACUCGGACUUUAAUGAUGAUCUGUUAGAUUUUGGUGGUCAAAAGUAAUAGUCAGUGUGACCGUGUCUGCCUCAUUCUUGUGAGCACAAUUUCUCAGGACCAGAUUUUUUUUCAAAUUUGGCACAAACAGUUUUGGUGGUUGAAGGUCAAAGGUCACUGUAACAUUGCGCCUGCCUCAUUUUCGGGUCCUUGAGGGUAUUUCCUCAGAUUUGGCACAAACGUCCACAUGGACUUAAGAAUUAACUGAUACGAAUUUGGUGGUCAAAGGUUGAAGGUCAGUGUGACCUCCCAAAACAUGUUUUGAGAAUUCAUUUGCUAAUUGUGACAAAACUUCACACAAAUGUCUAACAGGAUAAAAUAAUGAUGUGAUGACAUUUUAUAUCCAAAAGGUCAAAGGUCAACUUCACUUUGACAUCAUAAUAUUCUGCAAAAAAAAGCUUUUCUGGCUAUUAUUAAACGUCAUAUCUCAGGAACAGAAGGGGAGACAUUUGACUUGACAAAUUACGGACAUGGCAGAUUAACACAGGCUUAAACUCACAGACGACCUUGGAUAUUACUACAAAUCACAGGAAGUCCCCAGUUAAUACUGUUCGUGUAUGAACAGGGCUAUCAGAUAAGAAACAAGAACAGAUUUGGUCAUUUCUUUACAGUCAUGAAAGAGACAUGGGGAACUGUUCACAUGAUAUAUUUGUAAACUGAAAAAUUUUAAUGUAGGAAAUGCAGACGUGUUACUAUUUUUUGCACUUUGCAGCCACUGUAUUUAGCUGUCUGUUAAAUCCCACCGGACGAUUGGGUAUGUGCACUCAAGAGGGAGAAGUGAACAGUUUUGGUAUCACUCAGUAUUUUUACGUUCAGUGGGGCAAGUCUUUUGGUGUCUGUAUUUGCAUAUUUGUGUGCCGAGCAGUUUCUAACUUUGACACGAUUUGCAGGCGUCAUCACAACUAAUCUGGUGGCAGCUCGUCAAGAGAGGAAAUCUUCCAUGUGGCGUCUUUAAGACUGUGGCACUAACAUGCGUGUGAGUGAGAAAGACACACAAUGAAAGAGGUUUAUAAAGUGCUUUGUCAGAGAUAUUUUGUGUAUAACCAAACAUUCCAACUUUUUAAUACAAAUAAAACUUUCAGACUUUUAAUUAA